UGUCAUCAGCUGCUGUACUGAAAUGGACCAGCGGAUGAUAUAUAAUUUCAUCACUAAUUUAGGAAGAAUUUAUUACCCUCUCCUUGCAGCUAUUGGUGCUCCAGCACUAGCCACACACCAAAGUCGAAUAAUGGAAAAUGAAACAGAGGCAAACGAAUCUCUCAGUAAUCUAGCAGGCUUGCUGGACACUGGAGGAGGAAAGUUGUAUGAAACCGUUGAAGUGACCCUCAUUGUGAUUGUAACAGGAUCAUUAAGCUUGGUAACCAUUAUUGGAAACAUUCUGGUCAUAGUUUCUAUCACAGUCAACAGACACUUACGAACAAUUAAUAACUACUUUAUUUUCAGUUUAGCCUGUGCCGAUUUGAUGGUAGGUGUAUUCUCCAUGAAUCUAUACACUAUUUACAUUAUAACAGGCUAUUGGCCUAUGGGCCAAGUGGUAUGUGAUUUAUGGCUUACUGUAGAUUAUGUUGUCAGUUAUGCCUCUGUCAUGAACCUUCUUGUGAUCAGCCUUGACCGCUACUUCUGUGUGACCAAACCCCUGAGCUACCCUUUGAGAAGAACAACUAAGAGCGUGGCGAUGAUGAUUUUAACAGCGUGGAUGUUACCACUUGUUGUGUUCGCUCCUCCCAUUCUCUUCUGGCAGCUCAUUACAGGGGAACCGAAUGUAAGCAAUGGUGAGUGCUAUGUUCAGUUCCUCUCAAAUCCUGCUCUUACUUUUGGCACCACGGUAGUCGCCUUCUAUCUCCCUGUUACUAUCAUGGUGACUUUGUAUGUGCACAUAUCGCGUGCCAGCAAGAGUCGCCUGAAAGAGGAUAAAAGGAUGUCGGAAUCAAGCAAGGGCAGCUUUUUACCAAGUCUGGUGAUGGACAAAAUUAUGAAAUUGGAUAAUAAUAGCAUAACAAAUGUUCCUGACAGUACUCCCCCUGUCAAAGAGCACAAUGGCAAAAUAUCACAUUCCACUUAUGCCCAAGGAAAGGAGCAAAAUUGCUCCAAAGGAACAAGUUCAUUCAAUGGCGUCUCAUCAAAGCAGAAGACGCAUGGAACGAUGCAAGGAUUCACAAACGUUCCUGAAGAACAGAACAAUAUUAGAACGGAAAUAUGCAAACUCGUUUGUUUAAAGAUAGUGCGCAAAUCUGAAAGCUAUGACAACAGUUCCACCAAAACAGGAAUAGUUCCAACCACCAACAGAGAGGAUGGGACAGACAGAGAGAUCAGAGCUGACAGUAAAAUAAAUACCAUGACCAAGGUCCCUCCAAAGAAGAAGGCAGUUGCAACCCGAGAGGCGAGGGUCAUUCAAACCAUCUUCGCAAUUCUCCUGGCAUUUAUUAUAACCUGGACCCCAUACGAUGUUAUCGUGUUCAUUAAAACCUUUUGUUCAAUGUGCGUCCCAAAUACAGUUUGGACUGUUUCAUACUGGCUCUGUUACACUAAUAGUGCAAUCAACCCAGCCUGCUACGCACUUUGCAAUACCAAUUUCAGGAAAACGUUCAAGCAUCUUCUCUUGUGUCAGUAUAGAAAUACUGGUGCAGCAAGAUGA